AGAACGCCCAUUUUGCUCACACUGUCCAGGCACCGAAGUGGGCUGAAAUAACAGACAGACAGAAGAGGACAAAGAGCUGCAAUGGACGGAGAUGUUGCGGUUGGUGUGAAGAGAGGCUCAGAUGAGCUCAACAUGUAUGGUAGCAGCCCCAACUCUAUGACCGCGAAUGGCAGUGACAGUAAGAAACAGCGUCUGGAUGAAUCACCUCCCUCCAGAGUUCUCCACAUUCGGAAACUUCCCAAUGAAGUGUCAGAGACUGAAGUCAUUGCUUUGGGGCUACCCUUUGGAAAGGUCACCAACAUACUGAUGCUCAAGGGGAAAAACCAGGCUUUUCUGGAGCUCGGUACAGAGGAAGCAGCCAUUACUAUGGUGAACUACUACACAGCUGUCACUCCACAGGUCAGAAACACACCUGUCUUCAUCCAGUACUCCAACCACAAGGAACUGAAAACAGACUCAGCUCUGAACCAGAGAGCCCAGGCAGUGCUGCAGGCAGUGUCAGCAGUUCAGGAUGGAAGCUCUCCAUCCUCCGACCCAGGGGUUCUGGACCUCGCUCCGCCCCCCAGCCCUGUCCUGCGAAUUAUUAUUGACAACAUGUUUUAUCCUGUGACACUGGACGUUCUACAACAGAUCUUCAGUAAAUUCGGGACGGUGAUGAAGAUUAUAACCUUCACCAAGAACAACCAGUUUCAGGCUCUGCUGCAGUUCAGUGACCCCGUCAACGCACAGCAAGCUAAACUGUCUUUGGACGGACAGAACAUCUACAAUUCCUGCUGUACUCUGCGGAUAGACUUCAGUAAACUGGUCAACCUCAAUGUCAAAUACAACAACGAUAAGAGUCGAGAUUACACGAGACCCGACCUCCCUACAGGAGACGGAGAGGCGACCAACAAGGAUCAUUCUUUAUUGGGUACCCCAUCUGGAGCGCUGGCUUCCUACUCUAGUGGAGGAGGUUACUCAUCAUCUCUCUCCCUGUCACAGGGUGGAGGAGCCAUCAGUCCUCUGAGCGCUGCGGCGGCGGCGGCAGCGGCUGCGGGUCGUGUUGCUCUGUCGGGGUCUGGAGUGUCAGGAGUCCUGUUGGCCUCCAACCUAAACGAAGAGAUGGUCACGCCUCAAAGUCUCUUUACCCUCUUCGGAGUCUAUGGUGAUGUCCAGAGGGUGAAGAUCCUCUACAACAAAAAGGACAGUGCUCUGAUCCAGCUGUCCGAUGGCAACCAGGCUCAGCUGGCAAUGAGCCACUUGAAUGGUCAGAAGGUGUUCGGUAAAGUGAUGAGAGUGACGCUGUCGAAGCAUCAAACUGUGGCUUUACCCAGAGAAGGACUGGACGACCAGCUCCUCACUAAAGAUUUCUCCGGCUCUCCACUCCAUCGCUUUAAGAAACCAGGAUCCAAGAACUUCCAGAAUAUCUUUCCUCCCUCUGCGACACUUCAUCUCUCCAAUAUCCGGGACGGUGUUGGAGAGGAUGAUCUCCGUCUUCUGUUCUCCAACAGCGGAGGAACUGUCAAGGCCUUCAAGUUCUUCCAGGACCGGAAGAUGGCCUUGAUCCAGAUGUCGUCAGUAGAGGAGGCAAUCCAAGCGCUGAUGGAUCUUCACAACUACGACAUGGGAGGGAAUCACCAUCUAAAGGUUUCCUUUUCAAAGUCCACCAUCUAAGCCUCACGCCCGAUUCCUCAACCUUAAGAUCCAUUACGAGCGAGGGAAGUCACUCCCAUUUUCCAUGUUUUAUGUUCUGUUAACCUCUUCUGUGCUAUCCCGAAAAAACUUAAAUUAAGUCGUACAGUAACACACACACACAAUGUGUUUUUGAAUGUCCAAUUAAACAUUAUGAAGCCACAGACUAAAAUGUGAAUCAUACAGACCUUAAGAUUAGAAAACCAUCUUCCAACGAUCAUUAAGAACAGACAGGCCUUUCGUAAUGUACGACGAGUCCUGAACGUCAUCCGUGAAAAGAGAGAGAUAGUAAACAUGACGCUGAAAACACAUUGGCAUUAUUUUUGUGAUUCACUCUGUCGAUCUGGAUCCCAAACUACUGAACUGUGAAGCAUUAGCUGAAGUUGUGUUGACCCUUGAAUCCCUGGCAACAGCAAUCAGAAAUCAUCCAGGGAUAAAAGGCAUUGAUAUUUCAAAGAGCGUCAGAUUUCUUUAUUUGCUGACGACACACUGGUAUAUCUCUAAAAACAAAAAACCACCACCUAAGGUGUAAAUCAACAAUACCAAUCAACAAUUCAGCCUCUGUCACAAUAACUGGAAAUGAGUUCAAGUAUUUAGGAAUAAUGAUCCCAUGUAGUUUAGCCCCAUUGUUGCUGUUUGGACAGACAGAUGACUCUUCCCCCAACCUUAAUUAGCAAAAUUAAUGUUAUUAAAACAAAAACCCUGGACACAUCUCUCUACUCCGACUCUCUCAGGAGGCUUAACAACUAACCCGUAUGUUAAAACCACAGUUACAGCUUGGUAUGAAUCACGUUUUCUCCUAUUAGGGGGGUAACACAGUGUUUGCAUCAGGUAAUUCAGACUCUGGGCUCAGACGGGUUUAUAUCCUAGACCUUCAGACAGAUAUUACAGAGCUAGUUUAUCCAUUAGAAGUAAGAUUUAAAUCAAUCCAAAAAUAAUUGGCUUGAGAGGACGUAGCCUGUGUAACUCUUGAUGAAUUCCUUAUAUCCCAGAACAGAGAAAGGUUCCCGAUUUCCUUUGCAUGUGGAGGUGUAAAUACAUAAUAAUAAUAAUAAUAAAGCAAUAAGCAACACAAUUUCCAACAUCAUCCACAAAGAACUCAUGAAAGUAAAUGAGUUUAAUGACCUCUGCUUAUUACAAGCGAACUGUCUUAAUGUGAAAUAUUAAAACAGAGUUUGUGGUGGAUUAAUGAGCUUUAAUCAAACAAACAAAAAUCAUAUAUUUCAUAAUAAUAUAUGGGAUUCAUCUCGUACAUUUUUGGAAUCAUUACCUGAAAACUUCUUAAAUGUGGCAUUUACCAACUUAGACUUUACUCCUUUUGCAUUUCUUUUUUUUUUUUUCUCCCCCCUUUUCGAUAUACGGAUAUGUAGUUAUGCAUUUGUGCACAUUGUUGUGUGUGUGUAUAAGUAAUUUAUUUAUUUUCGUCAUUUUGUAAACUAUCACUGUUUUUAUAAACACUGAUGGCAAUCAGUUCAUGGGUGGGAGGGAAGUUGUUUUGAGGAAGAUUUGAAAGAUGUAAACAGACCGGUCUAGAAAAGUGAUGUAUGAUGUUCAAAAGCAAGAGACAAUAGAUAAGUAAUAGAUACAACAAGUUAAACAUUAUAAAGUUUCAGUUAAAAAGAUUCAGAAACACCUGAUCACAUGAUGUAAACUCUUGACCAAUAGAAGCAGUUCUUAGCCAAACCCCGUUCCUGCUUUUACCCUCAUGACACGUUCAAGAGCGGCUGAUCACCUCGCUGCAGUGAUGUAGAGCUGUACUCCUGGGUGUGUCACGACGUUGUGACAUCACUGUUGGGUGUGGUUAUAUACAGCAGGUGAAACGGACUCUCUCACCUGUCGGCACAGCAGUAGACUCUUUGAGUUCCUGUGAUUAAUCAUCUCUUAAUUCUUUGUACGUUCUUUUGUUCUUAAGCAAAUUCCUAUUUGAACCAUAAAAUAUUAUUGCUCUAACAGUUGCCCCCCCCC